AUGUGGUGGCUGCUGAGUACAAUGUGCCUCAUCCAUGUAUUUGGAAAGAUAUCUUGUUUAUCUGCAAUAAAUAUGAAUCCUGAAUCCCACAUGAACGUUAGUGAGAUUAUUAUGUAUUGGGGUUAUCCAAGUGAAGAGUAUGAGGUUGUGACUAAAGAUGGUUACAUCCUCCCAAUUAACCGCAUCCCUCAUGGGAAAAACAACACUAAUAGUUCAGCCCCAAAGACAGUAGUAUUUUGUCAGCAUGGCUUAUUUUCAACUGCUGGUGUGUGGGUUUCCAAUCCUCCCGACAACAGUCUGGCCUUCAUUCUAGCAGAUGCUGGUUAUGAUGUAUGGAUGGGGAACAGCAGAGGAAAUACCUGGGCAAAGAAACACUUGUACCUAGACCCAGAUUCUAAAGAAUUUUGGGCUUUUAGUUAUGAUGAAAUGAUAAAAUACGACCUUCCAGCUACCAUUAAUUUCAUCCUGAAGAAAACAGGACAAAAGCAGAUUUACUAUGUUGGACAUUCUCAAGGCACCCUUAUCGCUCUGGGGGCUUUUGCAACAAAUCAACAACUGGCUGAAAAGAUUAAAAAAUCUUUUUUACUGGCUCCAGUUGCUACUGUUGAAUAUAUCAAAGGCACCGGGCGCCUUCCAUCUUACUUCACUCCUACGGCUUUUAAGCUCCUUUUUGGUGAAAAAGAGUUUUUACCCACCGCUGCUUUCAGUAAGCUGUCCGGAUACACAUGCAAUGUUAUGGUAAUCAACACUGCAUGUGCUGCUCUAUUAGGAUCACUGGGCGGAUAUUCCCCGGGGCAAUUAAAUAAGAGCCGCAUUGACGUGUAUAUAACACACAGUCUAGCAGGAACAUCAGUUCAAACUCUUCUACAUUAUGCUCAGGCAAUUAAUAAAGGUGUAUUUCAGGCUUAUGAUAGGGGAAGUCCAGCUCUAAACAUGCUCCACUACAAUCAGACCACUCCUCCGGUAUACAAUGUGGAAGCCAUGAAGGUUCAAACUGCCUUGUGGAGUGGUGGAAAUGACUUUUUGGCUGAUCCAAAAGACGUUGCAAAUUUGAAACCCAAAAUCUCUAACUUUAUUUACGAUAAAACUAUUCCUGAAUUUAGCCAUCUUGAUUUUAUAGUGGGAAUAAAUGCUAAUCAUGAGGUUUCUCAGGAAAUUUUAAAACUUAUUGAUGAAUCUAAGUGAGAUUGAAAUUUUGCUUUAGUUUUCACAUUUUUCAAACCCUUCUGAAAGUUUCUUGCUUUUAUAAGU